AAUCGUCUAAGAAACAAACGCAUUGAACAAAAACCUGCAGAAUUGACAUUGAAAGAGAUACAGAACCGCCUCAGGAAAAAACACCUAGAACAAAAUCCUACAGAAACAGUUGAUGUCCAGGCAGGAAAUCAAGUUAAGACUGAGCUGCCUGUCAAACAAGAACCUGAGUCUACUGAUUGCACUGAGACUGGAAAUCAAGUAAUUGUCCCUGAGGAACAUACUGAAGAUCUUCAGGUUAAGAAGGAAAUAAAACCUGCCCUGGCAACAAAAGAGAUCACAGACGAAGAAUCUGAAGAGUUCACAAAAAGCAAAUCUGAGUCUGAGAUUUAUGACCCAAAUACACUGUACUGUAUCUGUCACCAGCCUCAUAAUAACAGGUUUAUGAUUUGUUGUGAUAGGUGUGAGGAAUGGUUUCCUGGUGACUGUGUGGGGAUUUCUGAGGCUCGUGGGCGACUGUUGGAAAGGAAUGGGGAGGACUAUAUCUGCCCAAAUUGCACCAUUCUGCAGGGGCAGGAUGAGACAGUUUCAGAAACAGAUCAGCAAGAAACUAAAUCAAGGCAUGUAAACGUGGAUGGCACAGAGCUCACAAGUGUAGGAACAGUCGAACAAAAGUCCAGUGAGGAUCAAGGAAUCAAGGGUAGGAUUGAAAAAGCUGCAAAUCCAAGUGGGAAGAAAAAACUCAAGAUAUUUCAACCUGUAAUGGAAGCUCCUGGUGCAUCAAAAUGCAUUGGUCCUGGCUGUUCUAAUGUGGCUCAGCCCGAUUCUGUGCACUGCAGCAACGACUGCGUUCUCAAACAUGCUGCAGCCACCAUGACAUUUCUCAGGGCAGGAAAAGAACCAAAGCCAAAAGAGAAGAUCAAAUCAAAAUCUGAGAGAUCCACAAUUCUAAAAUCUCCACUGCAGGCAGGUACUAAGCCUUUGUCCUCCCGGAAGAAACCAACUCCUGAGAAAAAAGAGAUUAACAUGAAGAAAAGUAUGGUGACAGCCCCUAAAACUGAAGCAAACACCCAACCAGUUGCUAAAGAGCCGGCAUCAGAAAACAGCACGCCAUCCUGGGCAAGCGAUCAUAAUUACAAUGCAGGAAAGCCAGAAAAGACUGCCGCCAUUUCAUCUUCACUGUUAUUCAAAUGUAUGUAUCGCAUAGGGAUAUUCCUGAGUAAUCAUUUACAUUUUAUUUGAAUACCCAUCCGUUCUUGGCUCUGUAAGAUUA